GUCCCUUCAUUUCUUCAUGAUGAUAUAACCGUUCAAAACUUGAUAAUGGUCAUCUGUGAUCGUGAUUCGACCAUUUCAAAGCGGAUUUGGCAUCUAGCAGGUUGUUGUGUGUGUUUCUGCAAGACUCAACAAGAACACUACCCAUAACAUUGUGAGAGAGACCAAGCUGCAGCAGGUGCGUCUCGACACUUGGGAUACCCAUAACAUCCGAGGCAACUGUCAGGACAUGAAAUGGAUUUUCUGAGCGGCAGCGGUGCGGGGCUGAGGUCGGAGAUGCAUGGGGAACAAAGCGAGGAAGGUUCAGGAUUAUAUCCUGUUGCUGACUUCAACUUCUCUUUCAUGCUUAACGAAACGAACCAGUCCUUUGGAGAGUACGCUCACUUGUCUGAUUUGGAGAAAAGUUAUUUAUUCGGGGAUGGAUCCGCCGUCCUGAGAAUAAUAAUCUCUGUGAUUUACUCUGUGGUCUGUACCUUGGGGUUGAUAGGAAACAUCCUUGUUUUAUAUCUCAUGAAGUCUAAACAAGUAUGGAAGAAAUCGUCCAUUAACUUUUUCGUGACGAGUUUAGCGUUGACUGAUUUCCAGUUUGUAUUAACUCUUCCUUUUUGGGCAGUGGAGAACGCUUUGGACUUCACCUGGCUUUUUGGAAAAGCCAUGUGCAAGAUAGUGUCUUACGUGACAGCGAUGAAUAUGUACGCAAGUGUGUUUUUCCUGACUGCUAUGAGUGUGGCACGGUACUGGUCGGUUGCAUCGGCUCUCAAGAGCAGGCGGCGCCGUCACCGCUGCUGCUCCGCGCGCUUUAUGAGCGUUGUUAUAUGGGUUGCUGCUAUAUCCGCAGCUUUGCCCCAUGCGGUGUUCUCCACAACGGCGACUGUCUCCAACGAGGAACUGUGCCUUGUUAAAUUUCCAGACACCGUUGACGCACAAUUCUGGCUUGGACUUUACCAUAGUCAAAAAGUACUGAUCGGGUUUCUAAUACCGCUGGGGAUCAUCUCCGUCUGCUACCUGCUGCUUUUGCGCUUCAUCACAUCCAGGAAUGUGAAUACCUCCAGCGCAAAGAGGCGCUCCAAAGUGACAAAAUCUGUGACUAUAGUGGUUCUGUCAUUCUUCCUCUGUUGGUUGCCGAACCAGGCACUAACGGCGUGGGGAAUUCUCAUAAAACUCAACUUUGUGCAUUUCAGUUGGGCAUAUUACACCACGCAGGCAUAUGUAUUCCCAGUGUCUGUCUGUUUGGCGCACUCUAACAGCUGUCUAAACCCCAUAUUAUAUUGUCUAAUGAGAAGAGAGUUCAGAAAGGCUUUGAAAAAACUUUUUUGGCAAAUAACUUCUCCAUCCGUGACCAACAUGAGACCAUUUACGGCGACGACCAAGCCAGAGCAAGACGAGCAUGGACAUGCGUUGGUACCGUUAAGUCCGGCAGAGCCAGCCUUGGUUUUCUAUCCACCUGGUGUUGUCAUUUACAAUGGGAGAAACGAUAUGCUCCCGAACAGUACGUAGUACAUGCAGCCUACCAAGCUGUCAACGGUGCCAAGUCGAUUUGUUUGGAUGUAUUAAUGUGUUGAUCGAUUUAUUUAUUUAUUAAAUAUGUAUACAUGUAUUUAUUUAUUUCUAUCAACACUAUUUUUGUCAAUUUUACGCAUCAGUGAGAAGUGUCAUGCCCUGGACUGAUUGAAGCCAAAACUUGCCUAGACAGAUUCAGAAAUGUAUUGUUGAGACCUUUUCCAAUGCCACUCAAUCGUGUUACAACUGAAUAACGGGCAUUUCCCUCUUCGAAAUGUGUUUCAUAGAUGCACAUCAUUCAUGUGUAAAAUAAGUCGGUCGGUUAAUCUUAUGUAAAUUGUGGGCUUUAAUGUCUAUGUGUGGCACAUCAAAAUAAAGACCUGGAUCAUCUUGACAUACACAGCUUGAUAGAUUACAACUGUGAUGUGGUAAAUAAAUCUUACACAUGCUC